CGUUUCAAGUUAUUGAUUUUCGUAACAUUAUAACGCCUCGAUCACGCGGCACUGCGAGUACGUCACGAAAUGUACAUUUUGAGAGUAGUAUUCGUCGUCACACAAAUAUCGACUAUGCUAUGUGUUGACAACUUUAUAAGAAUACAACACGCGACUAAGGUAGCGAAGGGUGUGUUCCAAGCAUAUGCGAAUCUGUACUAUUCAUGCAUAACGACAUCAAUGCCACACGAUAGGUUUAUGGCGGAUAACCUCCAUAGUUACAUUAACGCUUUUUCCAAGACUACUGUGGGACACGCUCCACAGUUUACGGCUAAUCGAAAGUUCUUUGCUAACAUGAUAAGUGCGCCUGCCUUUAAGAAGAUACUGACGAAAGACGUUAGCGUUUUACAAAACAAUUUAUUGGAUAAAAUUAAAUUUUGCGACGAAUCGGUAGUGAAUCAAGAUGUUUUGAAGCAAAUGUACGAUCGUGAAGUCGAUCAAACUAAGCUAUAAGCCGCUAACACAACGAACUAACAGUGAAUCCUUGCAAUGUGAACUUUCUGAAUAUAAUUCGACUUAUAAUUAUUAAAACCUAGUCGGGGUAAUUAUUAAACCUAUUUUUGAAUGUGUGCUUUUCAUAUUACAUCAGUACUUGAUAUAUCCGGCAGGUUCCUCUUUUUUUUUAUUUAUUUACUUGGGAAUGUAAUUAUUAAAAGAACUGGCAAUAUACAUUGUAUAUGACAUACUCUUUUUCAUGAAUCUUAUAUAUGUAACAAUCUUAUCUAUGAGUGUACGACUCAUGUUACAUAAUAUCCUCUUAUUUAUGUACCUA